CGUUCAAGGUCGUAGUUCGGCAUUUAGGCGUGGUGCCGUGAAGGUUGGCUCCUCCUUAAGACACAAAAGUGACACUUUCCCCCCUCCACUCCCACUUUGACCGAACGUCCCAAGUCUCGCUACGCGACGACUCAUUCAAACCACGCCCAGCGCGUCUUUUUGAACCCGAGACGGUCGAUAAUACAGCCGCAGCCAAUAUGGAUCCCGAGAAGAACUACCCGACCAAGCCGUCGGUGGCGGACAAGGAUGCCGAUGAGGCGCUCAAGUUCAUCGUGGCCGGCGAGGUCAUCAGCAUGACCCCGGAAGAGGAGAAGAAGCUCGUCAGCAAGAUUGACUGGACGGUGCUGCCGUUGUUGUUCGGCUGUUACUUUCUUCAAUAUCUCGAUAAAACCCUAAUCAAUUAUUCUGCCGUGAUGGGAAUGCGCAAGGACACAAAUAUCACCGGAGAUCAGUAUUCGCAGCUUGCGAUGCUGUUUUAUGUGACGUAUCUGGCUUUCGAAUUUCCUGGGGCAUAUCUAGUUCAAAGGCUGCCUACAGCAAAGUUCCUGAGCUUCAUCGUGUGUGCCUGGGGCCUCAUGGUUGCCUGCAACGCCGCUGCGUACAACUGGGGCGGGCUCGCCUCGCUUCGCGUCCUGCUUGGCGUAUUCGAGGCUUCUGUCGCCCCUUGCCUUAUGCUCAUCACGACCAUGUGGUACAAGCGCUCUGAGCAGCCGUCCCGUGUCGGCUUGUGGUACGUUGGCACCGGCAUCGGCAAGAUGGUCGGGGCCCUGACCUCGUUCGGCUUUCAGCACUACGUUGGCCAGUCAUUCAAGUCAUGGCAGAUCAUGUUCCUGGUCUGGGGUCUUGUCACCAUCUCCUGGGGUAUCCUUGUCUUUUUGUUCCUGCCCAACAACCCCAUGACUUCUCGCUUCACCGAGACGGAGAGGCGCUGGGCCGUCGAGCGCCUGCGGAGCAACAUGACUGGUGUCGAGAACAAGCACUGGAAGUGGUAUCAGCUGGUCGAGAUGCUCAAGGACCCGCAGUCGUAUCUCCUCGGCCUUAUAGUCUUAACCAGCAACAUUCCGAAUGGUUUUAUUUCCAGCUACCAGGCCACCGUCAUCGAGAGCUUCGGCUGGACGCCCAAGGAGACGGCUCUCCUUUCGAUCCCCUCCGGGGCGAUCGCCUGUAUCUGUACGCUCAGCGCGACGUGGUUUGCCGGCCGCUUCGGCAUGCGCGGUCCGGCCAUUAUCAUCCUUCUCACCCUCGGCUUCACCGGCAGCUGCCUCAUGGCCUUUAUGCCCGACGAGGGCAACGUGGCGGGCAAGAUGGUCGGCAACUAUCUUGCCAACUGCAUCGGCUCGUCCCUGCCUCUCAUGUACUCGUACGCGGGCGCCAACUACGCGGGACACACCAAGAAGACGACCUCGUCGGCGAUGGUGCUCAUCAUGUUCUGCAUCGGCAACAUCAUCGGGCCCCUGACCUUCCGCGCGGCUGACGCGCCCCAGUACAUCCCCGCCAAGAUCUGCAUGGUGGUCACCACCGCCACGGCGGCCAUCCUGACGGGUGUGCUGAUGCUGUACUACCGGUGGGAGAACAAGCGCCGGGACCGGGUCUACGCGGACCACGUGCACCAGGAGAACAGCGAGUUCUUUGACCUGACGGACCGGGAGAACCCCGAGUUCAGGUAUGUAUUUUAAGAGGAAGAAUGCAUGGCUUUGUUGGGUUGCGGAGGAUCCUGUUACCGUGGAAGUUGCAGGAGCAAAUGAGAUGCCCGGUGCACGGCCAAUCAAAGGCCAUUAGAGUUAGCGCAAUACCAUAUUAUAUAAGAACCAGAUAUCGGCUGC